CCCAUGAUCCUUCCGUCACCUACAGGUCUCUCUUCUUCCAAAUUAUGGAUGCAGGCGCUUGCGUAUGCGAGUCUUGCAUUUAGUCUUCUCGCUGCCUAUGGCGCUGUCAUGGGCAAGCAAUGGCUGGGUCACUAUAAAGCAACCCGUUUUGGUCAUGGAUCUCUCGAAGAGCGAUGUCAGAAGAGGCACCGCAAGUUUCAGGAGCUGAAGGCAUGGCGGUUUGAAACGUGUUGCGAUCAUUCCCAGUUCUUCUCCAGAUCUCCCUGCUUCUAUUCAGUCUGUCACUGGGAGCCACGUUGUGGGGGCAACAACCGCCUAUCUCCAUCCUUGUUAUUACAAUGACUGCUUUCGGAGGCCUUUGCCAUGCCUUCGUCAUCAUGGUGUCAUUGAUACAUCCUGACAGUCCAUUCCAGACGCCUGUCUCUUUGGUCAUCCAAGCUGUCUUUCGUCAUUUUCGUGCAAGUGCAUGCUUCCAGCAUCAAAAUGAAGAUUGUACUAAAUCUGCUAUGGAGUGGAUGUUGGGGGUUUCGAGACGCCGUGAUGUUUUUAGGUCGGUGAUCGAACUGAUGCCUACAAUGUCGGAGCUGCCAAAAGUGGAUCUCGUGUCGUUAUGCACAGAAGUUCGAGACAUGUUCAAGGCAUGUUUUGACCAUCGUGGCAUUCCGAUACGAUACGACAGCGCACUAGCACAUGGACGAACAUUGAUCUACUGCUCUUCCAAUUAUGACGAUGUGAAGAAGAUGCUCCACACAACUACACGGGGGUGGAAUUUAUGGGAACGCUGGCGCACCCUGUAUCUCCCUCAGGCGCUGGAACAAUGUAGAACUUCCUACCACCGAAUGGACAGCACUCAAGAUCCAGAUUUAAAGUCAUCCUUCCAAAAAGGCACCUGCGCUGCUCUGCGUAUGGCUGUGGCUGCUGGCGUAGACGAUUUUGCUCAUCCCGAUGAUGACACAUUGAUUUGGAAUGGUCAAUUCCAAUUGGAAUCCAAUCUGCCGGGAGUUGACUGGCUGUUGGACUGCGCAGAGCACUUCUAUAAACUGGAUAACGAUGACGCAGCUGGAGACGCUUUGCUCUUGUUCAGUGCCAUGCAGACAAAACCAUUACGCCUUAUUCAAGACCGCAUUGUUCUAUUUUUGAACAACGACCGGUCACGUAGACUUCGCUAUAUCGCACUUCGUGCUGCCCGCCAAAGUCUCAGCUACACGACCGCGGAUGAAUUACUUUAUUAUCAUCAUCGUCAUCCCUUCUUCCAUGUUGUUCUGAAGGCCAUUUGUCCCACGGUCCCAAAUGAAUGUGACCAAGACAAUUCUCGGAUCACCAAUGCAAUCAACCUGCUCAACUUCACUGAAUGGCCCGAAGAUAGCGAUCUAGCGACCUCUCCCCUCCCCGAAAUCCAGCUUAUUGUAUUCCUCGUUUUACCGGCACCCAGUGUUGGCGAUCUCGCAAGGUAUACUCAUUACUGUCGUGCCCUCAUUCGCUACAUGGGUAGAGGUCAAUUUUAUCAGCUCCGCCGUUACGCUGCAAAUAUCGUCUGUAGUGCCCGACAAGACCUCGUAAAGUUCAUCACUGCUGCCGGAGCUAAUGAGUUCUUACGAGACUCAGUGCCCUCCCAGCUUAUCACCGAACUUUUUACUUGCGGCAAUGAUUUGUUUGCCUCCAACGGCCAAGGUCGUCUUACUCCCUAUUACCGUCUCGCCUUCACUCUUGCAAAGAACUCCGACUGGCACCCUUACUUGAUCUGGAAUGGCUAUACUAUCAAGAAGUGGAUUACAAGCACGCUCACUUCCAAUCAUCUCGCUCGACGUCCUCGCAAUCUCUCUGUAGCCAUUCCCCCUCCUCUCUCCCCCUUCAUUCCCCCUAUUCCCUCUCGCUCUCCUUCUCGCGCUCGCACUCGCACUCGCACUCCUUCUCCAGCUCGCACACCCUCUCACACACCCCCUCGCACUCGCACACCUUCUCCAGCUUGCACUCCCUCUCACACUCCUCUCUCUCCCUUCAUUCCCCCUCUUCACUCUCGCUCUCCUUCUCCAGUUCGCACUCCCUCUCACACUCGCACUCCUUCUCCAGCUCGCACACCCUCUCGCACUCGCACUCCUUCUCCUUAUCGUGCUCCCUCUCCCUCUCCUCCCUCUCCCUCUCGCCAUCACAUACCCUCUCUCCCUUAUCAAUAUUCCUCCACCAACGUCACCAACGAAGAAGCUCAUAGUCUCUUUUAUCUCGCCGGGAUUUCCCUCCGUAUUGCUUCACAAGAGCAGGCCUCAUCUUACUUCAGAGCCAUCACACCCAUGCAUUGGUGGGACCUGAUGAGGGGUGCAUGGUAUAUCAUCGAACAUUACUCUGGUGAUGAGUUGAAUGAUAUUAUUGAGAGCCUUCCGGAUCUUGUCAGGGGCACGGAGCGGUACAUGCCAUCAGAUGCUUCCAAGGUUGAGCUCGAAUCGCUCAAUGCUUUGUUGGCCAAGAAUCUUGAUAUGUUGCAACAACAACAAAUUCCAGAUGAGAGUAUCAUAUCUGAAGUGGCUAGUUUGAAGAAUACCGUAUGCAAGGGAUUGUCAGUGGUGGCCUCAGUUCCAGAUGGUAAGGAGCUGGAAAAGUUUAGAGAACUAAAUGCAAAGGACGAUGCUCCAGAUUUUUGGUCCUGUGAAUCUACGUGAUUGUUUAACCAUCGCGUUAUGCAGUUUGCUCUUGUAUUGUGUGGAUUCCAGUAUGUAGUCUUUGCGUAACGUGGUGAUGUAGUAUGUAAGAUAGCCUGUGAUUCUGUAUGUAAUCUAUUGUCG